GCGUGGCUGCGUGUGUACGUGGGUAUCACGUGACUCAGUGGCGGGCUCUUCGGAAUCCGGAGGCGGAAGGCGCUUCAAGGGCCGGGAGGAUAAACAGCCGGGGCAGUGGGGCGGGUGCCUCCGAGGAACGUUGGGUACUUUAUAUGAUGGCUAUGCAAAUGCAGUGCGAUGCAAGUGCAGACAUAUCGACAGAAGAAGAAAGUCUUGGUCCUCAGCCCAUUGCACGGCUGGAGCAAUGCGGCAUUAAUGCAAAUGAUGUGAAGAAGUUGGAAGAAGCUGGAUUUCACACCGUUGAAGCUGUUGCCUAUGCACCAAAGAAGGAACUGCUUAAUAUUAAAGGCAUCAGUGAAGCCAAAGCUGACAAAAUCCUGGCAGAAGCAGCAAAACUGGUUCCAAUGGGCUUCACCACAGCAACAGAGUUCCAUCAACGGAGGUCAGAAAUCAUUCAGAUCACCACUGGGUCCAAAGAACUUGAUAAGCUUCUCCAAGGAGGAAUAGAGACCGGGUCUAUAACAGAGAUGUUUGGAGAAUUCCGCACAGGAAAGACUCAGUUGUGUCACACACUGGCAGUAACCUGUCAACUUCCUAUUGAUCGAGGUGGUGGUGAAGGGAAGGCAAUGUACAUCGACACAGAGGGCACCUUCCGUCCAGAACGUUUGCUUGCCGUGGCUGAGAGGUAUGGCUUAUCUGGCAGUGACGUACUUGAUAAUGUAGCAUAUGCUCGAGGAUUUAACACAGACCAUCAGACUCAGCUCCUUUACCAAGCAUCUGCUAUGAUGACAGAAUCAAGGUAUGCUUUGCUGAUAGUAGACAGCGCCACAGCCCUUUACAGGACAGAUUACUCUGGCCGAGGUGAACUCUCAGCCAGACAGAUGCAUUUGGCCAGAUUUCUACGUAUGUUGCUUCGGCUUGCAGAUGAGUUUGGUGUAGCAGUGGUGAUCACGAAUCAGGUGGUAGCACAAGUAGAUGGAGCUGCAAUGUUUGCGGCAGAUCCCAAAAAGCCUAUUGGAGGAAACAUCAUUGCACAUGCUUCAACAACCAGGCUGUACUUGAGGAAAGGUCGGGGUGAAACUAGGAUAUGCAAAAUCUACGACUCGCCUUGCCUUCCUGAAGCUGAAGCCAUGUUUGCUAUUAAUGCUGAUGGAGUAGGAGAUGCUAAAGACUGAAGAACCUGAUGUUUUCAUCUUGCAGCAAGAGACUGGGCAAAAAGAUUAUCCUUUCCAAAUGAUCCUUUUGCUGAUGACUGUCCUGCUAUAGCUUUUGUGACUGUCAGAGGAAGCUGCCAUAAGCUAGGUGUACUCCGACUGAACAUGUGAACACUUCCUGGAGGAAUUCUGUUCCUGUUGGUGCACUUAGUUGUCUUUAAAAAAACAAAAAAAAAAUGCACUCAAAGACUGUGUGCCUAGCUGACACACCUCUUGACAUCUCUCCCUAAGCUAGACCUUACGUUGUUUAAUGCUGUCGUCUGGUGACAACGUUGAGAAACAAUGUGGCACCUGCAAAAUUUGUGUAUGGGUCACGGUUAUAGCAAGCGUGAAAUACUGAAUGUUUCCCUCAUUUUGUGAUUAAUCCCCAAAAGAACAAAUAUGUUCUGUAAACAAACUGACCAUAUUUGAUUCUUUUCUAAUGUGUAGGUAGCUAUCAGUUCAGAUUAGAGUCUUUUCUGUUGAAAUGGUGAGCAAAAGGUGUGUUUGAACUGAUUACUUGUAAAUACUUCCUAGAAAUUCUGUGCUAAUCUUUAAGACUGAUUAAAGUUAAUAUUACACCUGCA